ACUUUGUGUGCUCGACUUUUGAUUCGUUCGGUUCGGAACGUUCGGACAAACAGAAGAAUAUUGGAUUCCUCGUUGUUUGAGGUUCCUUGCUGAAAUUUUGCCAAAGUUCACAAAAGCGUGCAAUAAACGCAUUUUAGUUCAGUUGCUCAAUUCAACCCGCCAGAACAAUGACCGAACCGCAGAUAAAAGUUUCAAUCUCGCUGCACCAGGACACGGUGUAUGAUUUGGAAACGGCAAUUGAUCACGCCUCCAAGUCGAACUACAACUCAGUGACAGUGCCGUUGGCGCACCGCCGCUUCGAUCGGGAAUUUGUGGUGGAACCGCUCAAGACCAAUCACAAUCGUUUUACUCGGUCCGAUUUGCUGCUCAACUCUACGCAGUGGCUUAAUCGGGUAAUCUGUCGGCUGAGCUGCAAUGUGGAUUGCGAUUCGCUGGAUGACAACGUGCGGCGGCAAGGGGAGUCAACGAUCCGUCAGGAGAUUUCUUACGCAGAACAUCUUGUGCAAAGUGGGUAUAUAUUGCUGCGGUUGAAGAAUGGGAAUUGUGCGAAUUUGGCCAGAUUGACCUCGGUCGGUCUGAAAGGGGUGUUGCUAGUCGAGGUUCCAAUGGUGAAUCCAAAAGCGACUCAGGCAACCUGGCGUAGCGAUUCACAUGAUGGUGAACCUGAUGAUACUUGGAACUGGUGGAAUAACUUUCGAUCAUACAUGGAUUUUGACAGCCACGUCAAAAUCGCCCUGGAAUUUACGGCAGACAUUCCGUCGAAACAGGAAAUCUAUCGCUGGCUCGGAGAACCUGUCGAUGCGGUUGUUUUGUCGGCAAACACAUUUCUGACCAACGCUAAUAACUAUCCAGUUUUGUCAAAGGCUCACCAAGAGUUGUUGGUGCUGUUUCAUAGGACGUUCGGAUGCCAUUUCAUUGUAAAGGCCAAUCCGGAAGAUAAACGGCUUGUUCACUAUAGUGACUAUAUUAAGUAUAUUUUGCGGACUAAUUAUAAGAAGGAUGUUAUGCACGGAUAUGACGACCUACUGGAAAUUCCACUGCAGCCGCUGUAUGACAAUCUCGAUAGCUUCACGUACGAAGUAUUUGAAAAAGAUCCUGUAAAGUACAUUCUUUACCAGAAUGCAAUUGAGCAGGCUCUAAGAGACCGGGUCCCGGCGGAGGAAUUGGAAACACGUACAUCGAUCAUCAUGGUGGUUGGCGGCGGACGAGGCCCUUUAGUGCGAGCCACGCUGAAUGCUGCCGCAAAAAGCAAACGGAAAGUUAAGAUCUAUGUAAUCGAAAAGAAUCCGAACGCAAUCGUAACUCUCAGUGCCCUGAUCAACGAGCUGUGGCAGAACAAAAAUAUUGAACUCAUUUCCACUGAUAUGCGAGACUUUGAACCUCCGGAGAAGGCAGACAUUCUGGUUUCCGAACUGCUGGGUUCAUUUGGCGACAAUGAGCUUUCGCCGGAAUGCUUGGAUGGAGCACAGAGGCAUCUCAAACCGGAUGGAGUGAGCAUUCCAUGCAAAUCGACCUCUUAUCUGAAUCCGUGUAUGACGACAAAGAUUUACAAUCAGAUAAAAUCGUUGGAGAAAAGUAUACACGCUAAGGACCGCAUUGUCACCUCACGAUACAUGGAAGGCACAUACGUUGCCUAUCUGAAGAACGUUUAUCACAUCGACAAUCCACAGCCGGUUUUCGAAUUUGUGCACCCGAAUCUGGAUCCGGCCAUCGAUAAUUCGCGCUUCAAAACGCUUCAUUUCAAGGCCCAGCUGGACUGCGUAAUGCACGGAUUCUCCGGGUACUUCGAUUCCGUCCUGUACGGCGAUAUCAAUAUCAGCAUUCAUCCCUUUACGCACACCAAGGGACUGGGUUCGUGGUUCUCCAUGUUUUUCCCGCUGACGGAACCGGUACAGGUGCGCGCUGGCGACGAAAUUGUGGUCAACUUUUGGCGGUGCGUUGCUGCCCACAAGGUUUGGUAUGAAUGGAAUAUCUCCGCGCCACGAUUGAGUCACGUUCACAACGUUCAGGGACGGGCACAGCCAAUAUGGAAGUAAGAUUAAUUGUAACUUAGGCUUUAUUUAUAAACAAGAGAUACUGAACCGAGGUUACUCAGAAUUGGACGAAAUACAUAAAUGACGUAAGACUAUCAAACCAGAAAA